CUUCCCCACCACUCCAUCAUACCUUCUACCUUCCAAUUCUAUUCCACUUGUUCUCUUUUCAAAACUCUCUCAUCCCAAAAACCCUAACAAAUAAUCCAAUGCAUUUCUUCACUCCUCCAUCCCUCAUCCUAAUUAUGUAUCUAUUUCUAAUCACACCAACAAUCCACGCUGAAGACGACAUACCCUGUCUCCAAGGCUUCAAAUCAUCACUCCGUGAUCCAUUAUCAUCUCUCACCAACUGGAACUUCAACAACAAAUCCGCCGGCUCCAUCUGUUCCUUCAACGGCAUCAUAUGCUGGAACGACCAGGAGAAUCGCGUCCUCGAACUCACCCCUCACGACUCGUCUCUCGCCGGCUCAUUUCCGGCCGAUUUACAGCUCUGUAAAUCCUUACAAACCCUAGAUCUUUCUGGUAAUAAUUUUUCUGGCCCUAUUCCUGAUAAAAUUUGUGUUUGGUUGCCUUAUUUAGUUGAUAUAAAACUUUCUGGAAAUCAAUUUAGUGGUGAAAUACCUGUAGGGUUAGGUACUUGUCGUUAUUUGAAUAAAUUAGACCUUUCGGGUAAUCGGUUAUCGGGGAAUAUACCUGUUCAGCUUAGUAGUUUAGAUAGGUUGAAUACGUUUAAUGUUGCGAAUAAUGAAUUAUCUGGUGGGAUUCCGUCGAGGUUAGGGAAGUUUGGUUCGGAUAGUUUUGCUGGAAAUAAAGGACUAUGUGGGAAGCCGUUAGGUAGUUGCGGCGGUUUGAGUAAGAAGAAUUUAGCGAUUAUUGUUGCGGCGGGGGUUUUUGGUGCGGCCGCGGCGUUGUUGGUUGGGUUUGGGGUUUGGUGGUGGUUUUUUAUGAGGAAAGGGAGGUGGAUUGGGAGUGUUGGUGAGGAUGGGAACGGGAGGUGGGCGGAUAAGUUGAGGGGGUAUAAGCUUGUGCAAGUUUCUUUGUUUCAGAAACCGCUUGUGAAAGUUAGGUUGGUUGAUUUGAUGAUGGCUACGAAUAAUUUUGGUGAUGAGAGUGUUAUUGUUGGGACGAGGACGGGGACUACAUAUAAGGCGGUUUUGAGAGAUGGGUCUGCGCUUGCGGUUAAGAGGCUUAGUAGUUGUAAGCUUGACGACAGGGUGUUUAGAUCGGAGAUUAAUGGGUUGGGUCAGCUUAGACAUCCGAAUUUGGUCCCUUUGUUGGGGUAUUGUUUGGUGGAAGAGGAGAAGCUUUUGGUUUAUAAGUAUAUGUCAAACGGGACUUUGUCUUCGUUGUUGGGUAAACAGGCGGAGAUGUUGGACUGGCCUGUGCGGUUUAGGAUUGCUUUGGGUGCGGCAAGAGGGCUUGCUUGGCUUCAUCAUGGCUAUCGGCCUGCUAUUUUGCAUCAAUAUGUUAGCUCCAAUGCUAUAUUUGUUGAUGAAGAUUAUGAUGCUCGUAUUGUGGAUGUUGGAUUGGCAAGGCUGAUAAAUUCUGGUAAUAGCCAUCAAAAUCAGAGUAGCUUUGUUAACAGGGAUCUGGGUGAGCUCGGUUAUAUUGCCACGGAGUACUCAAGCACCAUGGCUGCUUCUCUAAAAGGCGAUACUUAUGCUUUUGGAGUAGUGCUUAUGGAACUGGCUACUGGGCAGAAACCUACCAGUGUAACAGCCGGGGGUGAAGGGUUUAAGGGUAGUUUAGUGGAUUGGGUAACCCAGCUUAAUACCUCGGGAGAUUUAGAGAUUGCCAUUGAUAAUAAUCUUCGAGGCAGGGGUCAUGAUGACAAAGUUGUUCGAUUUUUGAGAAUUGCAUGUACGUGUGCUAUGCCGAAUCCAAAAGCAAGAGCGUCCAUGUACCAGGCUUACGAAUCAUUGAAGAUCAUGGCGCAAGAACUAGGUCUACCUGAACAUCAAGAUGAGUUUCCCCUUCUGUAUGACACAUAAUGAUGUUUAAGCGACGGACUAAUAUCAUGUUUCCAGACCGUCACAAAGAUUUCACCCUUAAAAUGUAUACCGAAAACAUGCCUUGUUGUAGAUCCUGUGCUUUCUAUUCUAGCUCUAUUCAUUGGAUGUUUGUCAAAUAUAGCUGUAUUAUAGAUCUAAUACUCCAUUACACAAGAGUGUUGAAGCUAUUACUUCCAUCA